GGAGAGGCCGACUCCCGAGGAAGUCAUGCAAACAUGAGGGAGCAACAGAGCAAGCCGCGUCUGUUUGACCAGCUGAUCAUUCCUUUAGAGGAGGGAAGGCAGGGAGGGGAGGAGUGAUCACUGAUGCUCCACUAAUCUGCAUCACAGAGCAAAAAGCGGACGACCGAAACAGCAGCUGCAGUGGGGAAAGGAGGACACCCUUUCCCUGCACGGGAUGGGAAGACCGGAGAGGAAUUGACACAUUUGGAGGGGCGAAAGCAUCAACGACAGUUUAUUUUUAGAAGCCGCCUUGUUCGAAAGCGGAAGAAAGACUUAAAACCAAACGAGAAGGAAGAGGAACCUCAGAGGCAGUCGCAGCAGCAGAUUGUUUUUGGGUUGUUUUUUUUAACUCGCAACCUUGUGCAGCGAUGUCCUGGUUGUCUCCGGUGCAGUGGGCCAAAUGGACUUGGUCAGCGGUGACGGGGGGCUCAGGAGAUGACGGGCACAAUGAUGACAAUUCAGACUCUGAAGGGACCUACGAGACCCCAGAGGCAGAGUCUCCAGGUGUUGUGAAACUGCUGAGUCAGCUGGACAACUCCGCGCAUACAGACCAAGUUGUCGACGAGAAUUCUAUUCAGGAUGAGGUUGACGCCCUCAACAACCUGACUGGCUCAUCCCCCAACAACAACAGCCUUGGCCUGAACCAGAACCUCAAUCUGACUUUAACACCCAAGACCUCAUGCCAUCCAGACACCGCAUCACCAGCGCAGCGACCUCCAUCUCUACCGGUCCACUCCCCGCUGAACACACCGGAUCCUUCGGAGGUGGAUGAUGAGGCGCCCGUGAUCUCUAACCUGAGCCCCGACUCAAACCUGGCCCCCAGCCAUGACCUCUCCGUGCAUCACGACUUGCUCAAUGGCAAUGUGAACUUCGAUUGUGCAAAACCUGCCUGCUACCAGGAGGGAAGCAUUAUUACCAACUCGAGUAAAGUAAAGCCGGAGCAGCCGAUGCAGAAGGAGCUCAGUGGGCAGGAUGAUCAUGGCGACCAUGCUACUGAUGAGGAAAAGUUGGCCAGCAGCACAUGUGUCAAAGACAAGGACCAAAGCGCCCAAAUUUGCCAUGUGUCUUCCACACCAGAAGAACCAGACAGCUGCACACCGCACAAUGAAGACCCGAGUAAGUGGAAGAACAAAUCAGGAGGAAGUAGCAUGCAGAAAACGGGAAACGAGGUGCUGGACUCCAUCUGCAUCAGCGAGGAGGAGAAAAAUGCCGUUCUAACCCUGAUCAGAGAGGAGAUAAUUACUAAAGAGGCGGAAGUCAACGACUGGAAGAGGAAGUAUGAAAACAGCAGACAGGAAGUCAGUGAGAUGAGAAAAAUUGUUGCAGAGUAUGAGAAGACAAUUGCUCAGAUGAUUGAGGAUGAGCAGAGAAACAGCCUGAGCUCCCAGAAGGCUUUGCAUGCUGUAACCAUGGAGAAAGAGGCGGCGUUGACAGACCUCAACUCAACAGAACGCUCUUUGUCUGAUAUUUUUCGGCGCUAUGAGAACAUGAAGAGCACCCUUGAAGGCUUUAAGAAAAACGAAGAGGUGCUGAAAAAAUGUGCUCAGGAGUAUCUGGCCAGAGUCAAGCAGGAGGAGCAGAGGUACCAGACGCUUAAAGUCCACGCAGAGGAGAAGCUGGACAAGGCCAAUGAAGAGAUCGCACAGGUGCGCGCUAAGGCGGGUUCGGAAAGCUUGGCGCUGACUGCCAGCCUGAGGAAGGAGCAAAUGAAGAACGAAUCUCUGGAACAAGCCCUGCAGCAGAAGAAUCAAGAGAUUGAGGAGCUCACAAAGAUCUGCGAUGAGCUCAUUGCCAAAAUGGGAAAAAUAGACUGAGACAAGCAUCCUGUGGUUCGGUCAUGACAACUGUGCAUGCCUCCAGCCAACGAGAUGUCCAAGCUCCUCCCCAUCCCGUGCCAGCCUGCACCCGAAACUGCCUCCACACAGGUGUCUCCGACGGCUUCCUGUUUCUGAGCUCAUGCCGCGAGGAACUUUUUUUUUUUCUUUUCACAUGCAGUCGUCCAUUUUUUAUUGCAUUUCGUGGACUCCUCGUGCUUUUUGGCCAUUCCUGCCAGUGGAUAACAACAAUGACACGCUUGUGGUUCAAUUUGAAAUCCCCAACAGCUUAACGGCGUAAAUGUCAUGCAACUCCUACUGCAGGGUGAUAUUGUAUUGAAGGCAGGCUGUGCUGUGGUCACUUUUGACUUGAAGCGUGCUCAGAGAAACGUGGACAAAGGUUGUUUUUUGUUAAAGCAACAAUCUGAAUAAUUUAUUCUUCUGAAAGACUCGUGGCAUCAGAUGGUUAGGAAGGCUGAACAAUGACGAGAGAGAUUGGCUCAAGGUGGAUUAUAGUUCAGGUGGACAUUAGCAUCUGAAUGGCUUUGGACUGCUUUCCAUCGCUUCAAAUCUUCUACAACUUCACUACAGCAUUGAUAUUGCACAGCAUUUGAUUAGAAAAAUAAAAAAGCCGACGAUCAAUAAUUUCCCUGUCGUUUU